UUGCGUGCCUCUAACGACCGUUGCUCUUCAGCGUGCAAGCGCAAGGAACAGCAGCAGCAGCAGGGAGUACAGACGCCCGGGCCGAAGAAGCCGCGACUCGUCUUCACGGACAUUCAACGCCGGACAUUGCAGGUACGUCGUCUGAUAAUUGUUGUGGGCGUUGAUAAUCGUCGUCUUUCGUUCAUCGGAUAUUUGGCUCGUAUGUUGCCCCCCCCUUAA